GCGCAGCGCUUGGCUGGCAAAGGAAGGAAGAGCGAGCGAGCCAAGGCAGCGCGUGCAGAGAGGGGCAGAAGCUCGCAAAGGGCAGCGGCGGCAGCGGCGUCUCUCUCGCCUGCUCUCCUGCAGAGCAGCUCAGCUGCUGCAGAGCGGCCCGGACCCCCCGCCGCCUCUCUUCCUGGAGGGAGGGGGGCGGCUGAGUCCUUGCAGGGCGGCCGGAGCAGCGAUGGGGGGCCCCGGCAGUUUGCCGGGCGAUCCUCCCGCUCCUCCCCGCCGCCGCCACCCUGCUCCCCGGUGCCCUUAGCAGCAGCAGCAGCAGCAGCAGCAGAACGCGGCAUCGUUCUCAGGAGCAUCGCGGAGGCGGGAGUUCGCUGCGGCGGCGGCGGCGGCGGCGGCGCAGGGGGCUAGCCUUGCAUGGGGGGGCCUGGGCCGGGCGCCUUCCUCUCUGGCAGCCCCUGGAGGAGGAGGAGGAGGCGGCGGCGGCGGCGGCGGCGGCUGUCUCCAGGCUCCCGAUGAGUGACGGCGAGGCGGCCGGGGGCAUGAGGAAGCGGCGGAGGAUGGCGGGGCUCCUCUGCUGCAAAGGUCCCCGCACCCGGCUGCCGGUGGGCGCCAGCGCCCUGGGCUUCUUCGUCCUCUGCUGGCUCUACGUCUUCCCCGUCUACCGGCUGCCGGACGAGAAGGAGAUCGUGCAAGGCGUCCUGCUGCAGCAGGGCAGAUCCUGGCGGAGGAACCUCAGCGCCGUCGCCGGCUUCAGGAAACUCUUGGAGGACUGUUGCGAUCCUGGCCAGUUCUUUGCUAUGACAAAAGAAAACUCUCCGGUGGGGAAGAACCUCUGGUAUGAUGGGGAAUUCCUGUAUUCAUUCACAAUUGACAACGAAACCUUUUCUCUUUUUCCAAAGGCGACCCCGUUCCAGCUGCCAUUGAAGAAAUGCUCAGUAGUGGGAAACGGUGGGAUUCUGAAGAACAGCGGCUGUGGCAGACAAAUAGAUCAAGCGGACUUUGUCAUGCGAUGCAACCUUCCUCCACUCUCCAGUGAAUAUAGCAAGGAUGUUGGGUCCAAAACUCAGCUGGUAACUGCAAAUCCCAGCAUCAUUAAGAAAAGAUUCCAGAAUCUCCUUUGGUCUCGAAAAGCCUUUGUGGACAAUGUUAAAGUCUACAACCAGAGCUACAUCUAUAUGCCAGCCUUCUCCAUGAAAGCUGGGACAGAGCCAUCUCUCCGGGUCUACUAUACCCUAGCAGACUUUGGCACCAGGCAAACGGUGAUCUUCGCCAACCCCAACUUCCUGCGCAACAUUGGAAAGUUCUGGAAGAACAAAGGAAUCCAUGGCAAGAGGUUAUCCACAGGCCUCUUCUUGGUCAGCGCAGCUUUGGGUUUGUGUGAAGAAGUGACGAUUUAUGGUUUCUGGCCCUUUUCCAUGAACUUGCAUGGAAAGUUUAUCAGUCACCAUUACUAUGAUAAUGUCUUGCCAGAUUCCUGGUUCCAUGCUAUGCCAGAGGAAUUCUUACAGCUGUGGUUUCUUCACAAAAGUGGCAUAUUGAGGAUGCAGCUGGAACGUUGCGAGGAGCCGGUAUUUCACUCUGCUGCUUGAGAACCUCGGGGAAGCCCUUUGGGCUCUUGCCUGCUUUAUGUUUGACAUAAAACAACAAAAACCUGAAAAGGGAAAAAGAACCUAUAAUGGAUUUGCAUGGACCUCUCCAAUACUAAUUGCUCCAUUAAUAACUUGAAGGCAAACUGAGGAAGCAGAGUCUUUAUGUGCGGUGUUCUGUGGAGUCCUUGGUGGGUGGUUAUUCAGCAAAAUGGCAGCAUCCAACUGGGUGUUGACAAGGUUGUAAUUCAAGGGGAUUAAAAAGGUUCAUGUAGGGUUCUAAAGGGCUUUUUAUGACAAUGCUGAAUACUUCAUGUUGCUCAGAUGUAGGACUGAUACCCAUACAACUGGGUACACAUUUGUUUCUUUCGUUUGUUUGUUUCCAGAGCUGGAUCUUGACAGCUGCCUGGUGUCCAUUCCCGUUACCCUCAAAGAGCAGUGCCAAUUUUUUCUCUCUUUUUAAAAAGAACUCCUUUCAAUAGCAGUAUUCUACAGUGGUAUUCUUGUAGCACAAACUGGAAACUUUUUUUAAAGAAAAAAUGAAUAUGAAUGUUUUUUAGCAAAAAUAUUUAUUUUUAAAAAGUUGCCCGAUUUUUCCACAUAGGCCUAUUGCUGUAGAAUACAGUUGCUGUCUGGUAGUCAAAGUUGCUCGUAGUCAUACUGUCAAGUCCAUUCUGUCCUGCAGUGCAGAGCUAGGCAUAAUUUUGAGCUGGUCUCGUGAUAGCUAAAUAUCGAGGCCUUGCUCCGUGAUAAACAAGAAUCAGCCUAUUUGGUAGGUCCUGGGCAUUCGGCCCUCAUUUUUGUAGCAACUCUCUUGAGCCAAUGUUGAUGUUGUGAUGUCUGAAAGUACAUCCUGUGUUUGCGAUAUGGACUUCAUCCUACAUUCCUUUACAUUCUGGAGCUUAUCAAGGAGGCCACACAUUGCACUUAUAGUUGGAAAUUCAGGCCUUGAGGAGGGGCCAUCAGGGCUGUCCUUAGAGAACCCUGGUGGGUGCGGGGCUCAGGGCAAAUCAGCCAGUGCGGGUCCCCCUUCCAGUUAAUUCUAAUGGGAGUUAAAAGAAUGGGGCCUGGGGUGGUCGCCCUGCUUGCCAUGUCCUAAGGACAGCCCUGGGGGCCAUAGCUUGGCGGUAGAGCAUGUGCUGUACAUGUAGAUAGUCCAUCCCUUGCAUCCCUGCAAUUCCAUCCCUGGCGGCCGCUGAAAAGAGCUCUUUUUCGAAGACACUGAAGGAGCAGCCCUUUUGUAAGGCAGGGUGAGGCAGUUGCCCCAAGCUCAAGUGUGGGGAGGGGCACAGGGGGCAGCAAGUGCUGGGCCCCCAUCACCACGGGAGCCACACGACCAUCCACUACGACCACCCUUCCUUGCCCUGCUGGAGCAUAUCCUCCAUUCACGAGGGGUGCCAUUUUGUCCUUUGCCUCAGGCAGCAAAAUGUCCUGGACCACCCCUGGCUGCCAGUCAGCAGGCAACAUUGAGCUAGAUGGUAUUAUAAACUGCACUUGUGUAAUGUUAAUGGGCCUUGAUCCAGGUCAAUACUCUCUGAUUGGGAGAGUGGCCCACGUACAGCGCAACAUUCCGUCAGCCUGGUAAUGAAGCAUUUGGGCCACUGUGCAAGUGUACUUUUGUGCAAGAAGCUAAAAUUGCGCCAACACACUUGCAUGCACGAAGGCCAUUUUUUUCCAGUGGCCCUCGAUUGCGCAACUGCAUUAGAGCAAUUCUAGCAUCUUACACGAUGGUGCAAACACACCAUUGCUAGGCAGCUGGAGCACUGCACAUUAUGUGAACCACUAUUUUCUGGCUAACACUAACAAUGUCGCUCUCAUUUCCAAAUAACCCGACUGUUUAUCCAUUUGAUGGGGACCUACAUCUAUGAACUGUGCUUCCUAUUUGCAAGAAAUGCUCAAGUAGCAUUGAGCACUAAUAAGGUCACCUGGGCAAUUCAGUGUGCAGCUGCCAUUCAUUUCAGUGUAGGCUGUGCAGAUGAAGUUCCUAAGUGGAUUGGACAUGCUGGAAACAACCACCUCGAAAAGUCGGCACACUAACGUGACCUCUAGCCUGCCCUGAGGAUUAAACCAUGCUAAGGCCUGACUUCCACAGAAUACAUUCAAGUGAGAUGCAGAGCGGAACAAAAUUGCUCCUCAGAAUCCUUCUCCCAUUUCUCCUCUGUGCUCGCUCAUCUGCUGAACAUUCACUGAAUAUUUAUCUGUAUUUUACAUCCAAUGAUAAUAUGAUUUCAGAUUGGAUAUUUUGCAGUAUUUGAAACCUGGCAAGCAGCCAUGCUUGAUGUAUCGCAGUAUUUGACAGUUGUCAGCUGCUCAGAUUUCGUAUCUGAAAAUCAGGUCAAUUGAGAAAAGCCAGCGUCCAACCCCCCACCACACACCCCGUGGUAUUUCAGAUUUUGAGCUUCACAUUGAAUGUUUAGAAUGUCAAAUCAUUUUUCAGCUUUGAAAUUUUUGCUUUCAGAAGAACAUCUGUGGGGAAAUGGUAAAGUUUGAGUUCCAAAUCUUUGCAAAUAUUCACUCAAGUUCUGGCCCACGGUGUGUCACUUUGAUAAGAGUACUAGUUGUAGUGACCCACACGGGAUGGCCUUUAUUCCUCCCAAGUGUGGCUCCCAUUUUGUGAUGAUUUUCUGACAUAACAAGCAUGAUUUUCUGACAUAACAAGAGGAGAGCUGGUCUUGUGGUAGCAAGCAUGACUUGUCCCCAUAGCUAAGCAUAUGGUUGCAUAUGAAUGGGAGACUUGAUGUGUGAGCACUGCAAGAUAUUCUCCUCAGGGGAUGAAGCCGCUCUGGGAAGAGCAGAAGGUUCCCAGUUCCCUCCCUGGCUUCUCCAAGAUAGGGCUGAGAGAGAUUCCUGCCUGCAACCUUGGAGAAGCCACUGCCAGUCUGUGAAGACACUACUGAGCUAGAUAGACCAAUGGUCUGACUCAGUAUAUGGCAGUUUCCUAUGUUCCUAAUGAUAAAUAAUGAUGCAUGAUAGCUGAUGUUAGCAGUUUCACAUAUUCAGAUUAUCAAAAGAUAACUGCAAUUAUCACUGGAAAAACAUGACAUACAAUCUCACACUAAAUUAUACUUUGUAUAGUCAAAUUCAUUGUGAGCAUACUAGAAUAGUGCUGAGUCAGAAAGGAGGAGGCACGUCCUGUGCACUUUGUUUCUCUAUGAAACAGGCCCCUUCUUUUAGUAAUUUUCAAUGGGCUACUAAAAGGGCAAAAGUAGAUACAGUGUGUAUCCCUCACCAACACCUCUUCAGAAUCCUAUCUGCCUCCUCUCUGAAUUGGCUUCUUGAUGACAUCACAUAGCCAGAUCCGAUUUGCUGUGUGAUACCAUCAUGAAGCCACUUCGGAAUGAAAACAGGAAGCACUAUCCUUACUCCAAAAUGGCUCUGUGGCAUUACCACGUAACCAAACCCUGUCAUUGUCACUACCUGUCACUGAGACAUCAGGACUUCACAAGUGUGAUCCUUGAUUGGCUAGGAUCACUGCCGCAUGAACAAGAUUGGGCAAUUAAUAGGAAUGGUGCUGGAGCGACAUCCAAGAUGGACUGUGAAUCACUGGUGAACAAAUGCAAAGGGGGGAGGGCUGGGGGAAAUUCACCCUGCCCUGCCCCCUAUUUUUGUGUCAAAAAUGUUCACUGAAGAACAUUAAGUGAAGGACUAUAGUGGAACCUAUUAUUUUGCUUAUUGACUUGUAUACAAUACACAGGUUGAAACAUAUUGAUUGUGAAAUUGACGUGUUGGUGGAAAAACAGGCAGUUGAGGACCUCUUCACACAAAUCACAUUGAAAUCCUCACUGAAAAGCAGUAUAUGAAACUGUGUAAUAAGUUUUAUAUUUCAGGUAUGCAUCUAAGGUCUCUUUCAAUAAGAACAACAGCAAUGCCUGUGCCUACAAAUAUAAAGUGUGAACAUGUCAAACAGAUUUGUGAAAAUACUAGUAUCUGACAGGUAUACUUGACAGAAAGCUGGAGUGGCCCUCAGCCCUGUUGAGUGACAAACCUGCUGUGUGAUGUGUGCCGUGGUCCUAAAUAGCCAUAUAUACUCGAAAACUCUUUGAUGUGUGGGGGAGGGGGAGGGAAUCUGCACUGCUGCCAAUUACCAAUGGGAGCAAGUUCAAAUAUCCAGCUACCAUACUCCUCCAUUUUGUUAAUGAUGCAUGCUUGAGAAGUAACUCUUAUUCAGAAAAAGCACUAUAUCGCCAUUCUGAGUUUCUGCCACUUCUGAAUGCAGCGGCGGACUGGGGGGGGGGAGAGGUUUGCUCAUGUGAAGUUUCUCUCUCUUAAAAUACAACGUUUCAAAACAAACGUGUCAAGAAGAAGGCCAAAUUAGAAACUUUGCUCUCAGAAUGGCUGUUUCCUCACGACACGGAGCAUUUGCUACAGAGGAGCAUUAAAGCACACAAUCCGUAAUCUGCAUUCCGAGGUACUGGGGAACAUAUUGCACAAAGGGAUGUGUGUGGCUGGAGUACUAUCAACACCUCUGGGUGUGUGUAAGCACCUCUGUCGUGAGUACUCUGUGAACGCCAUUGCACAAUGCCAUGCCUAUUAUUUCCAGGGGGCAUCGUAUUGCACAACUGCGUUCACAGAGCACUUAUGAUGGAGCCCUUCGGUGCAGACCCAUCAGCGGUGUUUGGAUGCAUGGAAUGCUCCUUCUGCCAACGUCCCCUUGCACAUAAUGUCAGCUGCAGUUAUCAUCAGUAUUUGCCCACUUCUUCCAGGUGUUUUGAGAGGCACACACACCUAAAUCACCAUGCCCGUGCCUUUCACAUUUGCUGGAGUACACAUGCUUUUUCACAUUCAAGGAUGUGUACUUGAGUACAAAAUGUGAUGUGAAUAUCCGGCCUGAAAUGAACCCACGUGACAGCCGACCAUGAGCUGAAGAGACGGCAGAUGAAGUUGCACAGAGUAGAAGAGACUAAUGCUAGCUCGUCGCUCUCAGACUGGAGCUUGCAUUCCAGACUAGUGUGGCUGUAGCACAUGCAUGUUUGUAAUUGCGUAACAAUGUCUGAAAUCUGCAGCAUGCCUCAUACAUUUUGCAGGAGCUUGUUUUCAAACAUUCCCAGGACUUCCUGCAGCUGUGCAGCAUUCUUGUACUCAUGCAACUUUGUUCAUUAUGCAAGCACUUCCACAGUCUGGAUGACAGCCACCAUGCCUGCAAGUGAAGGCUUCAGUCCGAUUUAUACUACCCUCUUUGGUGCAAUUCUGCUAAAGUCAAUCCAAGUUGAUUUCAAUAAGUGGCAGACAGGUUGUGUGCUUAUCUGUACACAACUCUGACUCAGGGCUCACUCUCCCCUCAUAAAUCUGGUGGAGCCAGAAGAUAACUGAGAAUGGGAGUUGGGGCAGGGUAUGAUCUGCUUGUCCUCAUGGUGACAUCAAACCAGAGUGAUGUCCCCAUGACACAAAAGAGUGAAAUGGUUGAGAAUUGUCCUUUGUUGAUGUAGAAGAGAGAACAAGAUCAAUUUUGUUUUAGAGCUCUCUGUAUCUGAAAUGGCCACAUUUGUAUGUAACGUGGAACUGGAGUUGAAUGGGGCAGAGGCUUCCAGACCGUUACAUCCAAAUGCAUGCAAGCCCCUCGGAACUCUAGUUCUGCGUGGAAAGCAACUCGAGAUUCUGCUCUCCGAACUGCAAUCUGUACCCUCGGCUUGAAGUGAGUUUCACCACUCCAACCUGAGGUUUAAUGUAGCCUGUGUUAUGUCUGAUUGCAUAAAUACAGGCUGUGUUCCCUAAACCAGAGUUGAGAGAGGAAGCUCCUCCUAUCCAGCUUUCAUUGGCAGUGCAGGCUGUCCUUCAUGCAAGAAGGAAGCCCACACAGCCAGUUCCGCCUCCACUUUGCAGUCUAGCUGACUGCAGGCUCCCUGCUCACUGUUUCAUCUGAAUUUGGACAGAAGGGUGGGGGCAGGGUGUGUGUGGAAACCACGGGUCUUUUGGAGCUGCGAUUCUGUAUUACAUGUGAAUGCAGUGAUUAUGUUGGUGAAUGUAGAUACAGGCCAUGAUGCAACACUGUUGGAUGUGCUAUAAAUGGCCAGAUGUUUAAUGGCUUCCCCUCUUCUUCCCACUUGAAAAGUUAUACUUUUGUUAAACUGGUGAAAGCUCUUCUUUUCUCAAAUCCUUGGCCUCUUUUGUUUCAGUCAUCCUUGGUCUAAUCAUUGUUAGAACAAAUUAAAACAGCCCUUGAGGGAUGAUCUUAAAAACUGCAAAGCGAGUAGAAUGUAAAAAGAUGAAAUGUCAGAGGCUUGCAUAACAUCGCUCCUUGCUUUGUAAUCAACAAAUAACAUAAGGGUCUCCGUUCCAUUAUUGCUCUGGCUUUCUUGGUCCUUGAAGGACUAUUUAGGUUUGUGUGCUUUCCCAGGAAGUGGAUGGCCUUAGAAUCCUCACAAAUGCAAGUUUGUGUUUGUUUCCCUUAAGGACUUUAUCAAUUGUGGUAGAGAGAACGGGAAGAUCUGAAUUGACGAUAGGGUGGGUCGGGAUCCUAAGGGCUGUGUGUGAUGUAAUGUGCAUGCAAUGAACAUUUUCAGACAGUUCUGAGGGUCAAGAGCCAUUCAUUGAGGUAGUAGAAUCUGCAUGUCAUCAUGUCACUCAAAGCAGUUCCCAAUCAAUCACCCAUCUAGGCCCUGAAGAGAGCCAGAUCUGCUUGUUUUCAGCAAGAUGGCUGUACCAGGUGCCCUGAGCUCAUGCCCUGGAAACAUGGGAUAUGGCAAUGUGAUGCUGCUAGUUUGUGAUUCCUCACUCCAGCAUCAGCAGGCUGUUCCAUGCAUUCUGAUCUCGCCAAUAUCUGGGAUAGAGAGAUUGUAUGCAUAAAUUCCUGGAUUAAUCUGACAAUUUGUCUGCAUAACAUCCAUCCAGAUACAUCCAGUGAUAGUUGUGGGGAUGGAUAUAUGCUAUGCAUGCACUCCUAUGUACACUACGGAGUUCCUGUAGAACUGGACCCUUUCAUUCACUCCAAUGGAGGAGGAAUUCUUGUGUCCACAUCUCUUAGCAUGAGUGGGGUUCCUCCUCCUCCCUGCUCCUCCUACAAAUAUUGACCCUUGUUAAAUGUGAUCACUCAGUGGAUGCUGGGAACAAGCUUCCCAAAGACAUGAUACCAAGUCUCCAGGGCCAGUUAGGCAUUCUUGUUAAAAAAUAAAUAAAUCAUGCUUAUUUUAUAUGACACUUCCAUUGUGCAAAGCCUUGUUUUGCUCAUCAGUGAGGCAAAUUAUAUGGGGAACUGAGGAUAAGAGGAGGAGAGCUGGUCUUGUGGUAGUGAGCAUGAAAGGUCCACUUUGCUAAUCAGGGUCCACCUUUGUAUUUGGAUGAGUGAAUCCUAUAAGAUAUUCUCCUUAGGGGAUGGUGCCCUAGCUCAGUGGAAGAGCAUCUGCUUGCUGGCAUGCAGAAAGACCCAGUUUCACUCCUUGGUAUCUUCAGGUAGGGCUAAGAGAGUCUCCUGCCUGAAACCUUGGCUGCCAGUCAGCGUAGACAAUACUGAGCUAGAUGGACCAAUACUGUGACUUGGUAGAAGGCAGCUUCCUAUGUUCCUAAGAGUUAUUAGUUGCCUGAGGCUAGCCCUUGACUUAAGGACUCAGCAAGGAUUUUAAUCAAAUCUUACAAUCUGACCUGAUUAAACGGAGGGCCAAGCUAGACAUUAGGGGCUACCGUGAAACAUAACUUUGCCCUGUUCAUUUAUUUCAUGCUAAAGGGGGCAUGUGGAGUGGGGCAAAGCCCACCAUUUCCCUAUUUUAGCUCACCACACUUAAGCUGAUGUAAGCAGUUUUCUGCUUGCCCAGCUCGCUUCUAGUAUCAGUGCUGGAUUGGGGCAACCUUCUCAAAAGUAGUGAAGCAGAACACGGCAAGAUGAGAGAGGGCCUGGUUUUCGCCUAAGGCAAAUGGGUCAAGUGUGUGUUUGACAAACCUAUGGUUGCUACUCAGCGUCUAGUUUGGCCCUGAACUGCAAUGUAGCUUUGCGUUAACUCACGUUUCUCCAUGCGUGUGUGGGUCAGCACUUAUGCAAACAAGGAGACUGGAAAAUGAACGUUGGAUUGCAUUUCCUUUGAUUUAAACGUAACCAAAUAGAGCUCAUCUCUCUCACACUCUUUUAAAAAGCGUAGUAUGUUCCACAACAUGUCAUUGCUAUCUAUAGAGGUGAUUGCCUAGGAAUGUUGAAGGCCAAAAAUAGCUGUAAGAAUGUUUUGAUGUGAUUAUUAGGCAUCUAGAAUGUGUUACCUCUGUCAGCAUUAACAAGAUCCUAUCAAUAAAUCUGGUUUAAUGCUCUUUAA